AUGUCCUCUCCCAAGGACAGCAAAACAUCUCUUCCUACCGUCACCAAGACUGAAGCUGAGCCAGUAAAGGCCGAGUCGUCGCCCAAGGUACAGCCUGCGACCACCGAAGCGGCCACCAACGCAGACGCUGCCAAACCCGCAACCACCAAUGCCCAGCCGUUGGCGCCUCCACCAAAGCCCGCGCCCUCGACCACUGGCGAUACUCCCGACUACUUCAACACCGUCCACAACCCCUUCUCGCUCGAGCCAAACGUCUUCGAGCAGUCCUUUGGCGGCGAGUCUGGCAACCUACAGACACCUGGAGGCCGACCUAUUCUUCCGCCCGUUGCGAACAUUACGUCACCAUCACCCCUACCGGGCAUCACACCGGGGUGGCAGGGCUUACGCGCAGGACCCUUGAGCCCUGCUAUGCUGAGCGGGCCGACUGGACAGACAGAUUAUUUUAGCGAGUCAUUCCGAGGCUUCCCAACCCCGAACGAAUCCUCUCUCCGCACCGGCCUUACUCCUGGCGGCGGUGGUUCCAUGUUCCCAGCUCCUAGCCCGAACACCCAAGCCAUCUUCAAUCUCCAAAGUGCUGGCGUGACACCUGGUACUGCCGACUUCCAGCAGUCUGCUCUGCGCGCCGCUGCUCAACACCAAGCUAACAACAACAAAGCCACCUCCAACGCGCCCACGUCGCAGCCCGAAGCCGCGACCGCAGGAAUGGACCGCCCUAACAACAACUACCAGCAGGCGCAGCAGCCACAACAGCGCGCCCAGAACGAGCCAUAUCCAAACCAUGACGUCAGCAGUGCCGCUAACGACCUGCUGUCCUUUGCCAGCCAAAACGGCGCUGCACGCAACAACCAGCCACCCUACUCGAUGGCUCCCCAACAGCAAUCGAUGAAUGCCGGGCACAUGCCCGUCCAACCCGUCAACGCCAAUCAUGGCCGCCGUGACACCAAGGGUUCCAUCAACAGCGUUCAAUCUGCAGAGACCGGUGACUUCUCAGAGAGCGGCCAGAGUGAGCAAAACAAGACUGGUACACGGUCACGUGCGAAGAAGGGCGCCGCUAAUGGCAAACAAGCUGCCGGAAACAAGCGCAAAGCUGAAGACGGCCCCAAGAACUCAAGAAAGAAGAGCAACGCCAACCAGCCCAUGGGCGACGACAUGGAUGACGGCGACUCUGAUGACGAGAACAACAUCAAGGAGGAGGAGUACGACAGCAAGGGCCGCAAGAUGACCGACGAGGAGAAGCGCAAGAACUUCCUCGAGCGCAAUAGGGUCGCUGCCCUCAAGUGCCGACAGCGCAAGAAGCAGUGGUUGGCCAACCUCCAAGCUAAAGUCGAACUUUUUAGUACAGAGAACGACGCGCUCUCUGCUACCGUCACUCAGCUUCGCGAAGAGAUAGUUAACCUCAAGACGCUUCUUCUAGCUCACAAGGACUGCCCAGUGUCGCAGGCCCAGGGCCUCCAUGGCGCCGCUAUGAACAACUUCCUCGGCAGCGAUAUUAGCCAUCAAAACCCAUAUGGCAUCGCCCAGAUGCAACCCAACGGCGUACACAUGAUGCCGAUGCAGCAAGGCCAGAUGAUGAACCGGUUCGUAUACCAACCCCAAAGGAACUCCAGCCCCGACGAUCAAGAGAACGGGCGGUAUCCUUCGAAGUACUGA